AUGGGAACACCACUGACAGGAACCGUCAUUAUUACCGGUGGCAAUGGACUGCUGGGCUCUGAGAUCGCCAUCGAGAUUGCAAAGAAACAACCCUUCGUCCAUCUCCUGUUAACAGCACGGGAUAUCAGAACGGACGACGUCCGGGACCUCACCGGCAAGAUCCGCCUGAUCGGCCCCAGAUCGAUCGAAGUGCUAGCCCUAGAUCUGACCGACCUCAAAUCCGUGGCCAGUUUCGCCAAAAGCACCGUCAAUCGGGUCCGAUUUCGAGACAUUCCGCCCGUGACCAGCCUGAUUCAUUCGGCGGUCGCAACCUCCUACACCGUCGAUGACCUCACCUCAGACGGAUACGACCCUGUGUAUCAAACCAAUUGUCUAUCUCCCUUCUUAUUGACCAUCGGAUUACUGGAAGCGUUCCGCGCCGGGGACGGGACGCCCAAGGGCGGUGCGAAGGUCAUCAACAUCGGCUGCUCGGCCACAUCGAGCGGACGGCUGGACUAUUUCGAGCGCGACCAUGGUCGCCAUGGACGUCAUUUGGGCGACACACUCAGCGCAAAGGAAGAGAAUAUUCGGUUCGGGAGCAGCAAGUUAAUGGCGAGCGUUGCAUUAUAUGCGUUGAGGCGGAGUUUGAUCUGGACGGGUAAUAUCUCGCUGGAUAUCUUCACUCUAGAUCCUGGGGGUAUGACUGGUCCUAGCAAUCUUCGGACUGGGGCUCCCAUGUCGGUGAGAGUCGCCCAUCAGACUCGGUCGGGUCUUCGGCCCUUCCUGCGGAUGGUAUCUCGCAGUUCGAUGAACAAGGCCAGUGUUCCUGCCAAGGCCAUUGCCAGAGUUGCAUUCCAGAUCGACUCGGUGGAGAACCUCCAGAAGGAACGCUACUACAUCUUGGACACCGACUAUGAAGCUGCAUCGGUCCUGUCGAGCUUGCGUGAUUCUGAGCAAGUGAAGAAAUUGUUAUUACAGAUGAUGCGACAGGUGGAGGUAGAAACCAAGGAGGUUGAGUCUCCUACUCCCAUGCGACCGGGGUUGAGCAUGAUUGCACCUCCCAUUUCACUAUGA